GCCCUGACAAUGUUUUUGAUGUAACUGGCAUUUUGGACUGUUAAGUCUUGACAUCACGUUGAUGAAGAAACAGUAUAAAGAAUGAGUCGUUUAGAGGGUCUGAGGGCUGACUCGUCUCAGUUUACUCUAGAGGGAGAGCCUUUCCGCAUCCUGGGAGGCUCUAUCCAUUACUUCCGUGUCCCCAGAGCCUACUGGGAGGACAGACUGCUGAAGAUGAAGGCCUGUGGUCUCAAUACACUUACAACAUAUGUGCCAUGGAACCUGCAUGAGCCUGAGAGGGGAACAUUUAACUUUCAAGAUCAGCUGGACCUCAAGGCCUAUGUCAGUUUAGCAGCACAGCUGGGUCUCUGGGUUAUCCUGCGUCCUGGGCCUUACAUCUGCGCUGAAUGGGACUUGGGCGGGUUGCCCAGCUGGUUGCUACAAGAUAAAGACAUGCAGUUGAGGACAACUUAUCCUGGAUUUGUAGACGCCAUCAACUCGUACUUUGACAAGCUCGUCUCAGUUAUCAAGCCUCUGAUGUUUGAAGAAGGAGGCCCGAUCAUUGCAGUCCAAGUUGAGAAUGAAUAUGGAUCAUUUGCGAAAGAUGAGAAAUACAUGCCAUUUGUAAAGAAUUGUCUCCAGUCCAGAGGGAUCAAGGAGCUUCUGAUGACUUCAGACAACUGGGAAGGCUUGCGAUACGGCGGGGUGGAAGGAGUUCUAAAGACAAUAAAUCUUCAGAGACUCUCAUUUGGAGCUAUCCAGCACUUAGCUGACAUACAGCCCCAGAAACCUCUCAUGGUGAUGGAGUAUUGGUCUGGAUGGUUUGAUGUCUGGGGAGAACAUCAUCACGUGUUCCACGCCGAGGACAUGCUGGCUGUGGUGUCGGAGAUCUUGGGUCGAGGCGUUUCCAUUAAUCUGUACAUGUUUCACGGUGGAACCAGCUUUGGCUUCAUGAAUGGAGCGAUGGACUUUGGCACCUACAAAUCUCAGGUCACCAGUUAUGAUUAUGAUGCUCCCCUGUCUGAAGCUGGAGACUGCACCCCAAAAUAUCACCGCUUGAGGAAUUUAUUCAGCCAGUACCACUCUGACCCUCUUCCUGAAGUACCCUCUUCUCAAGAGAGAAGAGCUUACAGUCCUGCUUUCAUCCAGCAACACCUGUCACUGUGGGAAAUCUUGCAAUUCACAGACAAGCCACACAAGUCAGACAGACCAGUGAACAUGGAGAAUCUCCCUGUCAACAAUAACAAUGGUCAGUCACAUGGUUAUACACUAUAUGAAACCACUAUCGCCAGUGGAGGAACCCUAAACUCCAGGAACAACAUCAGAGACAGAGCGCUGGUUUUUGUGAACAGGCAGUGUGUGGGUUGUUUGGACUACAAGACUCAUGAGCUUGCACUCCCUGAUGGAAAGGGAGAGAUGACGUUAAGCUUCCUUGUGGAGAACUGUGGACGAGUGAGUUAUGGGAAAGCUCUGGAUGAACAGCGUAAAGGUAUUGUGGGAGACAUUGUGUUGAAUAACACCCCUCUGAGAGGAUUCACCAUCUUCUGUUUAGAUAUGAAGCCGAGCUUUAUAAAAAGAUUAACAAAUUCAGGCCAGUGGAAAACUGACUUCAAGUCACCUUGUGUCCCAGGAUUUUUCCAGGCCAGACUCUGUGUGGACGGUCCUCCCAAAGACACCUUUAUCAGCCUGCAUAGUUGGGGUAAAGGUGUUGUAUUCGUCAAUGGGCAGAACCUUGGACGUUUUUGGUUUAUUGGCCCCCAGCAUUUCCUUUAUCUCCCGGCACCUUGGCUCAGAAGUGGAGAGAAUGAGAUCAUUGUCUUUGAGGAACACAGGGUGAAUGACAAAAUACCGUUCGCUGAAAAUGCUGAUUAUGGAAAGACUAUCGACGUGUACAAACUCCCCUUCUGCACACUGCUGUGAUGAUGCUGUACAACAGAUAAACCAACUUUAACACACACACACACACACACACACACACACACACACACACACACACACACACACACACACACACACACACACACACACAAACAAAGGCAACCAUACUUAUUCAGUAGAAGAUUGAUACUAAUGAUGAUUUUAAUGCAAUGAAUUAACCAACAAUAUAUUUUAAUGCUGUGUAGCCAAUAUAAAUGCUAUUGCAAAUCCUUUCACUCAAAUGGUAAAAUCUUAUACUGCUAGUCAUUUUGUUUCCUUAUUGAUCCAAUCUUUGAAUAGAAUAGAACAGAAUAGAAUAGAAUGCCUUUAUUGUCAUUAUACAGAAUGUACAAUGAGAUUGGAGGGCCAUUCCUG